UUUCCAAAUUCAAGGGGCCGAACCCACGUGCGAUGCGCUCCCUCGUCGUAGCUCUGACAGGUGCCGCGGUCGCGGCGCAGACAUCCAACGUCGAGUCCACGUACGUGGAGCAGGUGCUGAAUGCUCGCGGCGCGGGCGCCAUCAAGUACGCUGGCGGGAUCCUGAACGUCGACUCUCUUUUCCAGUCGUAUCCCGAGUGCCAGAGUUGCAGUGCCAAUACUCCGUGUGCCCAUCGCAACCUCUUGGGGAUGGGCACAUGCAUUGGUGCGUCGUCUCGAAUCUUGGAUGGCGCCAAGUCCAACUACUGUCUCGACUUUGACGUGUGUUGCGGUGGAAGCUGCCGCAACAGCCACCAACCGACCAAGCGGUGCUCGUUCCAAGGCAGCGAAGUCAAACACUCAAUGGCCAACGCAAACUUUAACAGUGCAAAGAACAUGCUGGCGUACAUUCAAGAUGACCCGUUGGACACGAUCCCGAUCGCGCAAAUGGGGAGCCUCAUCUCGUCGGUCGUAACGGAAGACACACUGUCCGCUCGGUGCUCGAGCGAUUGUAACGGGUGGAGUUGGCAAGGUCAGCUAACGGCGGCAUCGUGUCCGAGCUCGUGCGCUUGCGAGUUACUGCCUCUGCCCAAGUUUGUGGCUGGCAACCUCUUUGAAUGCGAGCUCAAGGUGGCCAACGCGGACAGCUUCUUUGCGUCAGGCGACCGAAAGGUGACCCAAGAUGCCAAAUUCGGAACAAUGCAAGGCAAAGUUGUAUGCCCCAAGGAUUACGUUUGCACGAAACCGGACACGUGUGUUUCAUUCGAAGCGUUCCAGACGGCAACCGCGGCGCCAACCGCAGCCCCCGUCAAGACCGAUGCGGCAACGGGGUCGGUUGAAGCGCCGGCCAAGUCGUCGUCCAUCGUGCCGAUCGUGGUGGGAGCCAGCGUCGCGGGGCUCGUUGCAAUUGGAGGCGCUGUGUUUUGCUUUUUGAAGAAGAAGAAGGCGGGGCAUGGCGACGAAUAUCAUGCCAUGUCGGAGGCUACCUUGUAAGCGCAUGACGCGACCGAGCGUACAGACAACGAUCCGAUCAAUAUGUGAGUUGCUUAGCCGUAAAAACCUGGAUGCUUUUAUUCGUUGGGAGCAA